AUGACGCAUUCCGUCUUACCACCUUCACUCAAACGACCUCGCUCCACCUCACAGCCGCCCUCCCCUACAUCGUCCUCUUCACCCAAAAGAGCAGCUUCGGAAGACCCCUCGGACAUAUUCCCUUCACUCGGUGGGACAAAUAGUAUGGUCGGUACAAGUAGUCCCCUAAGAGUCGACAACGAUGGUGAUGGUGAUGCCGACGAGACGGGAAGUAAGAACUGGGUUCAGAGAACUGGCGAAGUAAAAAUUGGUUCGUCAGAUGAUGGGAAUGGGGAGGAAGAAGGGGAUAAGACUGUCACUCAGGAUGGAGCUCAGACUGGUAAUGUGUGGAAGAAGAGAUAUGAUGAGACCUUAGAACAACUGAGCCCCCCAUUAGUCCCCUAUGAAAGAUACUACAUCUUACCUAAGACCAUUCUUAAUAAACUCACCGAGCUGGCUUACGACGACGAUGUGUAUCAGACUGACACUUCAACCCUACCCGUGGACAUGAAAGCUGCAAUGACCAGAUUGAUUCCUGAUCAAUCAGACGAAACUUUCUGGGUCAUUCAGUCAAAGGGCAGUCAUACAGAUGGUCAUCAGCUAGUUGGAGAAGCGAAGGAGGAACAAGUCUGGGCUUUAGGAGAUGCAGAGGAAAACAGGGAUUUCGUUUUUAUCCCUAGUGAAGGCUGGCAGAAGAUCGUAGAAUGGUUUGGACCAUAUGAAGGACCCAUUCUACCUCGAUAUUGCGUACCACCCGAAAACAUAGAAAUUCAACCUGCUAUAAUUCGACUGUUCGUUGUUCUCGCUCCCUCAUCCAUCUAUACGAAACCAGAAAACGAUGAAUCCGCUCAGGUCGUACUCAUGUGUCCAAGCACAACCUCUAUGCCAACAUUCAAAGAAUUCGUUAGAUCCGUUGCAGUACAAAAACUCGGCUCAUCCGCUGUAGACACCGCUACACCAAUACGUCUAUGGAAGAUCGAGAAAACACCUUCAAACGACGAGAAACUGCUAUCUUCGGGUCCAUUGGUUAUUUCACCUUCAGCUCUGAUAGAAACUACCAGCAACUACCUUCCAGCCGAAGAAACAGCUCAAGAUCUAGCCGAAGCUGUUUUGGGAAGCUCCAAGAAUCAGAUAGUAGCUAUUGAAAUUGGAAAAGUAGAAAAUGGUAAUACGGUAUGGAACGUUGAUAUCGACGGAGAGAACAGAGCUGUAGUGAAGAAAACCGCACCAUUGUUUUCGAAACCUGCCUUUUUCGGUGGAUCAAGCAAUGCUUUGACCGUACCUACAGCAUCUACAUCGAGCAAUGGAGCAGUCCAGACAAGAAGCCAAUCGAAGCAGGAUAGAAAAGGAAAGGGAUUAGUAGGACUACAAAAUCUUGGAAAUACCUGUUUUAUGAAUAGUGCUGUGCAGUGUUUGAGUAAUACCCAGGAGCUCAGCGAGUAUUUCUUGUCUGGUGUAUAUACCGAGGAACUGAAUCGUGAUAACCCCCUCGGUAUGCACGGUAAGAUUGCAGAAGCCUUUGGUGAAGUCAUUGAGAACCUCUGGAGUAUACCCUCAUCAUCAUACCACUCAUACUCCCCUCGUACCCUCAAAUUCACUACCUCAAGAUUCGCACCUCAAUUCGCAGGGUACGGUCAACACGAUACCCAAGAAUUCAUCGCUUUCUUGCUUGACGGGCUACACGAAGACUUAAAUAGAAUCAUUAAGAAACCGUAUAUCGAGAAACCCGAUUGGAAAGCUGGAGGCGGUGAUAAAGAACUUGCUGAAUUGGGUAAAGAGUGCUGGGAUGGGUACAAGAAGAGAAACGAUAGUGUUAUCGUUGAUCUUUUCCAGGGUCAAUUGCAAAGUACCUUGGUCUGUCCAGAGUGUCAUAAGGAAUCGAUCACGAUGGAUCCAUUUAUGUAUCUAACCGUACCCCUUCCUAUCGCUCAACAUCGACAUAUGAAGAUGAUAUAUGUUCCUCGGGAUGUCGACAAGCCUCCAGUCUUGGUCAAACUUCUUAUUCCUCAAAAUGCCUCCUUCGCUCAAGUCAAAGAGCGACUUGCUGCGUUGACAGGCAGUAAAGCCUCGCAUCUCCUCGGAUUCGAUCUGUGGCAUGGCCGGCCAUACAAUUUCUGGAUCGACGCUGACCACAAUGGUGAAGCCAAAGACCACGAUGUCAUAAUCUUCUAUGAGCUCGACGCACCUGUCUCCGCGACCAGAAGAUCAGUCGGUACUGUCCCGACUGACGAGACAGUGACAGUACCGGUAUAUACAUUCAAGAGCAACGAAAAUCGAUCUCGUUAUGGUAACAAUUACCCUUCUGACAAUCACGCCAAACCAUUCUUUAUCACCCUCUCCAAAUCCGAUGCUUCCGAUCCUGCCGCUGUCCGAGAGAAGGUCAUGCAAGGUUAUACUCGAUUUGUCAAGCCAGAGCUCAAAGACAAGUUAUAUGUCCAUGCUUCAAGCUCAAAGGCUGUCGUUGCCACUCCCAACACGCCGAAACAAGAGGAAGAUUCGUUACCAGUCACCGAAAUCCACUUGAACGGUGACCAAACCACUGUCAUCGAGGUCACGCCGAAUGAAGAAGAAGCUACUAUGGAUGUUGACUUGCCAAAUGCUUCCUCCAACCCCUCUGGCCUUCAUGCAAGCCCCUCUACGACCUCACUCGUCAGUCAAGGUUCGACCUCUGGAAGAUCCCUUGCUGGCUCAAUUUCGGGCAAACUUGUACCCCGAGCGGAUCUAUUCAAGGUAUAUGUCUCGGAACCUGCCAGUGAACCGAUGUUCAAUUCCUUUAAGACCAAAGAGAAGAUCAAUGUACACCGAAUAUAUAGUAAAGAUCCCAAUGAAGCCUCUUCAAGCUGGUCGUUACUUGAGUCCCGGAGGAAGCCCAAGAAAGCUUUGUUCAAGCGAAUGACAGCUGGGAUCAACUCCAUUGUAUCUCCCUCGUAUACCUCUGAAGAUGAAGGCAAUCUCUCUGAUUCUUCCACCUCACAUUCACAUUCUCAUGCGCACAGUGGUCAACCUGUCGUCCGACCGGGCGAAGGCAUUUUCUGUGAAUGGUCUGCUGAGGCUUUCCAUGAUUGGCUCGACGAAGAUAUAAUGGGUGAUGAGAUCGUCGAUCCGGCUAUAGAGAAGGAAGUGGCAAAGAAGAAAGAGGGCAGGAAGAUUACUAUUGAAGAUUGUUUAGACGAGUUUUCGAAAGAAGAGACGUUGGGUGAAGAUGAUCUAUGGUAUUGUCCAGUUUGUAAGAAGCACCAAGCCGCUACUAAGAAGUUGGAGAUUUACAAAGCACCUGAUAUCUUGGUUAUCUGUAUCAAACGAUUUGGAUCUUCUCGAAGAAUGGGAGAUAAACUGGAUAAUAUGGUGAACUUCCCUGUUGACGGAUUAGAUCUCGGUGAGAGGAUUGGAGAGAGGAAGGUAGCUCAGAGCUUGAAAAUGAAUGGAACGAAUUUGGAGGAAUUGGGAAUGGAGGAACAUGAAGAUGAAGAGAUGAUAUAUGACCUAUAUGCCGUGGACAAUCAUUUCGGUGGUAUGGGAGGUGGACACUAUACUGCCUUCUGUAGGAAUAAGGUGGAUGGACAAUGGUACAAUUACGAUGACUCGAGAGUAUCGAAGGCGGAUGUCGAUGCUGUCCAGAGUCGAGCCGCGUACUUGCUGUUCUACCGUCGAAGGACCAAGAGACCUAUCGGUGGCAUAUCGAGGAUCAAAGCGGAGGAAGCGUCUCGCGCAGCCACACCUCUUCAGCCCUCUUCACCCGUCAUCGAACCUGCCCCCUCCAGCACAUUACAAGGAGAUAUCUCAUCACCAUCAUCGUCAAAAUCCGAUGAAUUGCCUGCAUAUUCAGACAUAGAUGAUGACGACGGCAAUAUGCCAUCUACACCUGUCGUGCCCUCUGCCCAAGUGAGCGACGAUGAAGACAUGACAGAUUCGAUUGACCCUUCGGUGAAAACGGAAUCGGAGCGGGAAACGAACAUAGACUUGGGUCAGGUAGGACAAAGUGUAGGUUAUGGGAACAACGCUUGGGGUGUAUCAUCUACAGAUCCAGGUAUCAAACAUACUUUUGGUCAGAACCUAUUCCCAAAUACGUCUCCGUCGUCUCAAUCUGACGCCGGUACUGGUACACCCACAUUGGACGGGGACACCGAUGUGGAGAAGGAAGGAGAACCUAUCAUGCCUGGUGGGAAUGAGGUCAUAGGUGGUAAGGACAAGUAG